GUGCGACGAUGUGCCGACGCGUGCAGUGCUCGAAGUGCGAUAAACCCACGUGGGCGGGAUGCGGCAUGCACAUCGAAUCCGCGCUCGCGGGCGUCGCGGUGGAAGACAGGUGCGCGUGUGAGCGCGGGAGCGUGUUCGGGAGCUUGUUCGGGGGGAAGAAGACGUCGAACAAGGAGGAAGUAGACGCGCGGCUUUCGUCGCCCGCGAGCGAGCGUCGUAAGAAAGGCGAACGGAUUAUGAUUACGAUCACGGUUUACGCGACGAGUCGAGCGAGGAUUCGAAUUCGGCGGCGAGCUCGCGCUUGAGGUUAGAGAUGGUGGUUUUGGCGUCUCGCGCGGAGUCGCGGAGACGCUCGAGGCGUCGGCGCGCCGAGGCGUGCUCGCGAAAACCGUCGUCGAUGGAAACCUCGAGGUCGAGCUCGCGUGCGGAUGGCGUGGCUGAAACGUCGAUGAUGCGGGCGAUUUUGAGAGCGUCCAGGGCACCGCGAUCGGUGUUGAUUUUGGUUUUGAGCUCGUUCAUGCGUCGCGCGAGAGUUCGCGCCUCGGCGGCGAGCGCCUUGGACUCAUCCGUUUUACGUCGAAGCAUCGGCGCCACGCGCGAGAUGUCGCGACAAAAUUUCGUAAAUAUCUCUUCGUUCGGGUCUUCAUGAACGGCAUCAGCGGCGUCGGCGGUGCCUUGAUCUAUCGCCGAAGGUUCCAUUGGCGGUGACGCGGCGCCCGUCACCGCGCCGGCGCGUUCGGCGCUCCGACACAUGUCGCGCAGUAUUUGCUGCACGGCUCUAAUUUUUGCCACGCUUGAUCCACACUCGAGCACGUAAUCAUCUUCAUCCACGUACAUACGCACGUUUGCUCGCAAAAUCUCGAGCACGUCGGCGCUUAGCUCGAGCUCAAGCGCGU